CCCAACGGCAGGCUGGCUCCCUACCCACCCAGGAGUGUGAGGUGUGCCAGUGAGAUCGUACUGCGUGUUGGGAAACUAAUAAGAAACACGUCGUUUGACAGACGACAAAACUUCCUUUUCGAAGACCGACCAUUCGAAGAGAUCGUCUGAUAUACUGGCCUGUUUGCUGACCUGCUCCUGGCGACCGCGGGGCGACGGAGACUGAUAUGUCAGCAUCGGUGGCGACAGAGAACCCUGAAGGGGUGCAAUAUGUCUUGGACAUUCUUCACAAAAGGCAAAGAGACUUGGAAUCUCUAAACUGGAUCGCGGCCGAGGUGGGCCGGCACCUUCAGCACCGCCUUCAGGAGAGCCACGCCUUCCUGCGCGAGGCCGAGUGGCAGCUCGUGGGCAGCGCUGCCGAGCACCUCGCCGUGUCCGAGGCCGACGACAAGGACCUCGUCUUCACUCUCGGACCCCCGUACACGCCGCAGUUCUUCUCGGCUGUUUAUAUGGGCUCUGGACAGUACCAGUUGAAGUGGAACAAAUGCUACUGGAAUGGACGCCAUCCUCCACACCUGACUUCUAAUAACUACCUUGUAGUCACUUCACUAAGAAAACAGGCAUAUGACUGCAUAAAUUCAGCUCUGAAAAAUGCACAUAUCUCAAGAAUGAAGGUAAUAAAGGUGAUGUUGUGGAAACAGGCAGUGCGUGUGGUGCUGAGAGAUGCAUCAACCACAAAGAAACAUGUAGUAGACGUCAUAUUACAAAUAGGAGGGGGCCAGUGGAACAAUAUGCAAGGAUUAACAAAAUGGGGGAAUCUACCUCCACAAUUACAAGAUGUGAUUACUUCUUUGGAAACAGCAGGACAGUCAGCGGUGUCUUUCGGUCUUCAUGGCCCAGCUGGGACUUCCAGCCUUAUUGUUACUACUAGUUAUUCUGUUCUUGAGAGAGAAUUUUUCUUGGAGCAUGGCAAUGUGCGAGAUGCUGUACUGUUAGCCAAAAUUAUUAUCUCGGGCCAUAACUGGAAGAACAAAUUUGGACUCAAGAGUGCCCAUGUGAAGAGACUUGCCAUGAAGCACUUCAUAGUCCUCAGACACUGUUUACCAUGGUCUGGAAUGAAGCUGUUACUACAGGUGAUGGUGGACCAGCUUCAGAAAGGUGCUUUAGAGGGCUACCCAGACUUGGAUGCAGACCUUUUCUGGCAGAAGACUGAAGAACAGUGCCAAUAUAUUGCUAAAGUUGUGCAAAAUGUUAUGCUUACACUUAUUCCAAAUUACAUGGCCAAUUACUUGUAAUUUUUAAUACAUGAAAACUAUUUAGGAUGUUAGAAGACCAUUUUUACAAGUAAAGAAAAAUAAGUUGAGUUUGUUUGAUAAUUGAAAACAUAGAAUAUCAACUUUGCAAUUAUUGCAGAUGUUUUGGGUUCAGUAACCUGUAGGAUUAUGCCUCUUCUCUCUUAAUAUUUGAAAGGUUAAUUCUAAAUCAUCAUAGUUUGCCCCAUAAAUUACAAAGUCACUUAACCAUUCUAUCAGACUGCUAAAUUCCUGUACCUAUCUAAGAAGUGGGUAAAAGUUCAAGCAUCCUUGUUCCACAAAAUGAGGUGUUGCAUCCGGAACAAUUUGCUGAAGUCAGGACAUAUCCUAUAUGUAAUGUUGACAGCUAAAUAUAGACUUGUGUAAUGCAGUCAUUAGUGUUUCUUAUUAUUAAUGCAUGAUUAGAACAAUAGUUCUCUAUAAAUAAAAAGAAAUGUAAUAUUUUUCAAUAAAAUAUUAUUUUCUGAUGUU